CCUCUGCGCGGUUUGAAAGAUCCGCGCGCGCUGCAGGAGCGGCGGUUCUGCCCGCGGCUAGGAUGUCGGUGUUGCGGCCGCUGGACAAGCAGCCUGGCCUGAACACGGCCACCAUUUUGCUGGUGGGCACGGAAGAUGCUCUUCUGCAGCAGCUGGCCGACUCGAUGCUCAAGGAGGACUGCGCCUCGGAGCUGAAGGUCCACCUGGCAAGGUCCCUCCCUCUGCCCUCCAAUGUGAAUCGGCCCCGAAUUGACCUGAUUGUAUUCGUGGUCAACCUUCACAGCAAAUACAGCCUCCGGAACGUGGAGGAGUCCCUGCGCCAUGUGGACACCACCUUCUUCCUCGGGAAGGUGGGCUUCCUCAUCACAGGCGCUGGGCGGGAGGGCCACUGCAGCAUCCACCGGAACACUGUCGUGAGGCUGGCCCGCACCUACCGGAGCCCUCUGCUCUUCUGUGACCUGGAGGUGGAAGGCUUUCGAGCCACGGUGGCCCAGCGCCUGGUACGCAUGCUGCAGAUCUGCGCGGGCCACGUGCCCGGUGUCUCGGCCCUGAACCUGCUGUCCCUGCUGAGGAGCUCUGAGAACCCCGCCCUGGAGGACGUGUGAGAGCCGCCGGCCCCCCGAGCUGGCCCUCCCCACGGCCCAGUGCCUGGCGCGGGAGACUUCCGCUGUUG